UAUUUAAAUGAGGCAAGAAAGGGGUGUAUGGCAGUAGAAGUCAACCAAACAAUAGAAAAUAACCCCUUCUCUCCUUUCCCUCUCAGUUUACAAUUAGGUCAACCAAACAGAAAAAGGUUGUUUAAUGGCGUCACAGGCCCCACUCCUUCCACUCCUUUUCGUCUUCCUCUGUCCCCUCCCUAUAUAUAUAUAUAUAUAGCCCUUCACCACUAAGCCAUUACGUUCAAAACUACUGAAUUUGUUUUACCAUCAUCAAUGGAGGACGAUUACUCCUUCUUCCCUCCCGAUUCAGAUCUGGACUUCAGCUUCACUUCUACCACCACCGACCGCACCUUCGCCUCCUCCAGCGCCCGCACCAGCCUUGCCAGGAGCAGCCUAACUCUCAGCUUUAAUGAAUCUCGCCUCGCCGCCGCUGCCGCCGCCGCAGCCGCUGUUCACCAUCGUCCCCACCACCACUCUGAUCCUCACUGGUCCGCUAUCAAAGCCGCCACUGCACUCUCAUCCGACGGCCAUCUCCACCUCCGCCACCUAAAACUCAUCCGCCACCUCGGCACCGGCAACCUCGGCCGCGUCUUCCUCUGCCAUUUGAGAGACAACGAUCAUGCCAGUUUCGCCCUCAAGGUCGUUGAUAAGGACGCACUCAGUAACAAGAAGCUGUUGCAGGUCCAAACGGAAUCCGAGAUUCUCGCUUCUCUGAAUCAUCCUUUUCUUCCCACUCUCUACGCGCGUCUCGAUGUCUCUCACUACACGUGCCUCCUUAUCGACUACUGCCCCUCCGGCGACCUUCACUCUCUCCUCCGCAAACAGCCCAAUUAUCGCUUCUCCGUCGCAGCGGCUAGAUUCUUCGCUGCCGAGGUCCUGGUGGCGCUCGAGUACCUUCACGCGCUUGGGAUCGUGUACCGCGAUCUCAAGCCUGAGAACGUUCUUUUGCGUGAGGAUGGCCACGUCAUGCUCUCUGAUUUCGACUUGUGUUUUAAGUCCGAAGUGGUCCCCACUUUUCAUACGUGGACUCAGCCGGGACCACAGAGUACUAGCUGCUUUGGGUGGAGGACGGCGGCAGUGGAAUCGCAGGAGAUUGUCGGGGAGUUUGUGGCGGAGCCGACGACAGCGUUUUCUAAAUCGUGCGUGGGGACUCAUGAGUACUUAGCGCCAGAGUUGGUGACCGGCGGUGGUCACGGCAACGGCGUUGACUGGUGGGCGUUUGGGGUGUUUGUUUACGAGCUGCUGCAUGGAACGACGCCGUUUAAGGGAGUGAACAAAGAGGGUACAUUAAGGAACAUAGCGUCGUCGGAGGGGGUGAAGUUCCGGGCAGCGGUGGAGGAAGAGGGGAUGGCGGAGGCGAGAGAUCUGAUAGAGAGGCUGCUGGUGAAGGAUCCAGCAAGGCGGUUGGGUUCCGGAAAAGGGGCGACGGAGAUCAAACGGCAUCCGUUCUUCGACGGGAUAAAGUGGCCGUUGAUCAGAACGUAUCGGGCGCCGGAGGUGUAUGGGCUGAUGAGAAAAGCCAGAUCCCACGUGAGCCACGUGACUGGAGCCAGCCACCGCAUGCGGCGGCGGGGAUGGUGGAACUGGAGGAAGCUCAGUAAUGGUUUAUUUAAAAAUGGAAGUGCCAGUAAAUCUCAUACCAAUAACAAUUAUUAUAGUUUAUAGCUCAAAAUAUUAGACGGAUUAAAUUCAAAACUGAAAA